AUGAAGUCACAUUGUGUCGGAGAAUCAUUAACACCUUAUGGCGAUAAAGACAACAUCUUGGCGACACAAUCCGACCGAGAAUAUCAAGAACGAAUGUUGCAAAUAGCGUCACUUUCAGCAUUUACGGACGGCCAUUAUCAAAGCAUUGGCGGCAUACCCGCUUUACAAUCAGCGCCGGCUGUACUUGAUGGCGGGCAAUCCUCAGCGCAGAAUUGCUUAGAUCCAGUGCUUGAGCAACAGCAAAACGAUGCUCCAUUUUUGAAACUUGCGAAUCACAACGAAUUUGCAUUCGGACGUAGUCAACUGAAGAAGACACUCAGUGCUCCGAUAAAUUCUUCAAAUCAAAGCUCACAUAAAUUCAACAUUGAAAAUUUGCUGGAACCUGAGAAGCACGAUGAAAAGCAGCCAGCAUUCGAUCCAAAGCAGCGUCAAAUAAGUGUCAUUGUUGCCACACAAAAUCAACGACUGCCAAGGAAGCAAAGUAUUAAUGCUACUGCUGACAUCGAGAAGUUUACAAAAUUGCAAGGAAUAGCACAGGAAUAUGGAGAACUACCCGAUAAGAUGGAUUUGGCAGCAUUCGUGAAAUUCGAGUCAUUUGCGAUAGCGGAUAAGCGACGACACUUUUGUCCUCAUCCAGCAUGCAACAAAUUUUACACCAAGAGCUCGCAUCUGAAGGCACAUUUUCGCACACAUACCGGUUUGAACUAUUUUGAUUUUACAAAGUAUUUUUUCUUCAUGAAUAUGUUAAAAAUAAAAUAA